CGCCCGUUUGUUGGGUACAAGGAAGUGAGACUUGUAAGCAAGGAAUCAAGACAUCCUGGGGGAGAUCCGCUGAUACUUUGUUUUGUUGAUUUUGUAAGCCCUGCUCAUGCCGCCACUGCCAUGGAUGCUUUACAAGCAAGAGUGACAUUUUUGUCAUUUGAGAAUGGGGGAGACAUCUGAGAUCCAGGCCAUGGAGUUGGAGGUGGUUGAAGAAUGCUCUGUUAAACAAGUUGAAUUAACAGUGCCUAAAACUGAUGAUCCAACCUUACCUGCUGUCACAUUCAGGAUGUGGGUUCUGGGUCUUGGUGCCUGUGUUAUACUGUCAUUUGUCAACCAGUUCUUUUGGUACAGAAAGAUGCCGUUGAGUAUUACCUCAAUUUCUGCCAUGAUUGCUGUCGUACCCCUUGGCCAUCUGAUGGCCAGAACGCUGCCUCAUCGCAGAUUCUUGAGUAAUACCAGAUGGGAGUUCACAAUGAACCCUGGACCAUUCAAUAUGAAGGAACAUGUUUUGAUAACUAUUUUUGCCAACUCUGGCGCUGGAACUGUUUACGCCACCCAUAUUUUGAGUGCAGUUAAGCUCUACUAUAAGAGGAAGCUCACAUUUCUCCCAGCCCUCCUUGUUAUGACUACAACUCAGGUUUUGGGGUUUGGUUGGGCAGGGAUUUUUAGGAAAUAUCUGGUUGAGCCAGGGGAAAUGUGGUGGCCAAGUAACCUGGUCAUGGUCUCCUUGUUCAGGGCUCUACACGAGAAAGAAAAAAGAUCAAAAGGUGGAACUACUCUUAACCAAUUCUUUCUGCUAGUCUUGAUCAGCAGCUUUGCAUACUAUGUCCUUCCUGGCUAUCUAUUCAGUACAUUGACAUCUUUCUCUUGGGUUUGCUGGUUGGCUCCCAAGUCCAUUUUGGUCCAACAACUGGGCUCAGGCUUGAAUGGCCUUGGAAUUGGUUCCUUUGGCAUUGAUUGGGCUACAAUUUCCUCAUACCUAGGGAGUCCACUUGCUAGUCCAUGGUUUGCCACUGCCAAUAUUGCUGUUGGUUUCUUCCUUGUGAUGUAUGUCAUGACACCCCUCACUUAUUGGUUUGAUGUCUACAAAGCAAAAAACUUCCCCAUUUAUUCUAGUGAACUUUUCAAGUCAAACGGUGAAUCAUAUGACAUUUUGAGUAUUGUUAAUCCCAUGUUUCAUCUAGACAAGAAGGCUUAUGGGCAGAAUGGGCGAGUACAUCUCAGCACUUUCUUUGCUAUGACUUAUGGCCUUGGUUUUGCAACACUAACUGCUACGAUUUUUCAUGUCCUACUAUUUGAUGGAAGAGAACUAUGGAGACAAACCAAAAGUGCUUUUAAAGGUGAUAAGAAGAUGGAUAUUCACACAAAGCUUAUGCAGAAGUACAAACUUGUUCCUACAUGGUGGUUUGUUGUCAUCCUUUUGUCGAAUAUUGCUCUUGUACUAUUCACUUGUGAGCACUAUAAUGAGUCACUUCAAUUGCCUUGGUGGGGUGUAUUGCUAGCUUGUGCCAUUGCUUUUUUCUUCACCCUCCCAAUUGGCAUUAUUGCUGCUACCACAAAUCAGGCACCGGGUUUGAACAUUAUUACUGAAUAUGUGAUUGGAUAUAUGUACCCAGAGCACCCUGUUGCUAAUAUGUGCUUCAAGGUGUAUGGUUACAUCAGCAUGACUCAAGCUCUAACCUUUAUUUCAGACUUCAAGCUUGGCCAUUACAUGAAGAUCCCACCUCGAUCGAUGUUCAUGGCACAGGUGGUGGGAACACUUGUGGCGGUUGUCGUGUACACCAUAACUGCAUGGUGGCUUAUGGAAGAGAUUCCCCAUCUUUGUGAUACCUCAUUGUUGCCACCUGACAGUCCAUGGACUUGUCCGAUGGAUCAUGUGUUCUUUGAUGCCUCAGUUAUAUGGGGGCUUGUUGGACCCCGUAGAAUAUUUGGAGUGGAAGGUGAAUAUAGUAAUGUCAAUUGGUUCUUUCUUGCGGGGGCUGUAGCUCCUGUCCUAGUAUGGCUGGCACACAAGGCAUUUCCGAAUAGGGAAUGGAUUCGUCUUAUCCACAUGCCUGUCCUCAUAGGUGCAACAUCUAUGAUGCCUCCAGCUAGUGCAGUAAACUUCUCAAGUUGGCUUAUUGUUGGCUUCCUUUCUGGAUUUGUUGUUUUCAAAUACAGACCCCAAUGGUGGAAGCGCUACAAUUAUGUCCUCUCAGGUGGUCUUGAUGCUGGAACUGCCUUUAUGACGGUGUUGUUGUUUAUUACACUUCAAUCAAAGGAUAUUGAUCUCCAAUGGUGGGGAAAUAAAGGAGAAGGGUGUCCUCUAGCUGCUUGUCCAACUGCAAAAGGGGUUAUGGCUGACGGCUGCCCUGUUGCCUAAUAUCCGUUUUAGAACUGAUCUGUCUCCCUCUUUAUUUAUCUCUGUAAGUAGUUGUAUUUCCACAUUUUGCUUCUGGGAUUCUAUUGAUGGUUACCUUUGUUUUAAGUAUAAUUUACUUAGGUAAAAGAAAAACAAUUAUGUCCUUGGCUUUGUGAACAAACCAAUGGCUUUAUUUACAAAGUCUGGAGAGUGGAGACUUAUAUUCUAUAUCAGCAGCUAAAAUACUUAACCCAUUUGACAA